AGAGACAGAGGGAGGCAGAGAGAGAGAGGGAAGCAGAGAGACAGAGGGAGGCAGAGAGACAGAGGGAGGCAGAGAGACAGAGAGAAGCAGAGAGACAGAGGGAGGCAGAGAGGGAAGCAGAGAGACAGAGGGAGGCAGAGAGACAGAGAGAAAGAGAGGGAAAGAGAGAGAGAAAGGGAGAUGGAAAAAGAGAGACAGAGAGAGAUUGAAAGAGAGCACGAAGAAGAAAGAUGUAAACAGAAGAAAAUAGAGAUGGAAGAGAAAGAAAGAGAAGAAGAGAGACAGAGAGAGAUUGAAAGAGAGCAAAGAAGAAAGAUGUAA